UUGAUAAUAGAUCACAGAAUAUUGAUUACCCCCCAUGGUCUAACGAACCUUCAAGUAAUUUUCCAAAUACGCUAGGAAAACAGGUAUAUCUGCACAAUGUAACUAAUCUUCCUACAAUACAACACAAAUUUACUGGAAGAGAAAAAACCAAAGAGAGAUUAAUUAGAGAACGAAGGCGUAACGCCAUAAGGAAAGGGUUUCUUCACGCAUGGCGAGGAUAUACUAAAUAUGCAUGGGGUCACGAUGAACUAUUACCGGUGUCUAAUCAAAGUCGAGAUAAUUUUAAUGGGUGGGGUGCAACUAUUGUGGAUUCCUUGGAUACUUUGUGGAUAAUGAAUUUAACAAGGGAGUUUGACCGUGCGAAGGAAUUUGUGAGAACGGUUGAUUUUACAACGAGCGAGAAUGAUAUUAGCGUGUUCGAGACUACAAUAAGAUAUUUGGGUGGGUUAUUAAGUGCUUAUGAAUUUUCGAGGGAACCGAUAUUAUUAGAGAAAGCAUUGGAGUUAGGAACCGCGCUUCUACCAUCCUUUAACAGUCCUAGUGGAUUACCCUACAAUACUUGGAAUCUUACUAGGGGACGUAUUGAGAAAAGUGUCCCACAACUUAGCCCUGGAAUAUUAUCACAGGCUGGAACUUUGCAAUUAGAAUUUAUGAAACUAGCACAACUUUCGGGAGAAAGUGAAUUUUUCUACAAGGUUCAGAACAUUACUAAUGUUUUGGAUAGGGCAAAAAAAUCUAUUCAAGGGCUUUACCCAAUACAAAUAGAUCAAGAUACUGGAGAGUUCAUCGGAAAUCAUGUAUCAUUUGGUGCUCAGGGCGAUAGUUUUUACGAGUAUCUGAUCAAAGAAUAUAUCUAUGUUGGGGGAGCCAUAGAUCAAUAUCGACGAAUGUAUGUUGAGUCCAUCGAUAGCAUGCAUGAAUAUUUAAUUGAGGAAUGUCAGGUUGAAGAUCGAUCAAAUUUGCUGUUCAUUGGAGAAUUAUCUUAUGCCGAAUUUUCCGAAAAUAUGCACCAUUUAGCCUGCUUUGUUCCAGGAAUGUUAUCAAUAGGAGCAAAAGUACUUAAUCGUCCCAAGGACCUUGAGGUUGCCAUAAAGCUGGCAGAGACAUGCUAUUGGUCAUAUGAAGCAACAUAUACUGGAAUAGGUGCCGAAUCGAUGUGGUUUAUUUCUUCACAUAAUACACUUAACAAGAUUGAAAGAGAUUGGAUAGAAUCUAUGAAUAAAAAAAAUGGUGUUCCUAGUGGUUUGCUUAACAUUUCUCCUGAUUAUUACUUGAGGCCAGAAACGGUUGAGAGUUUAUUUAUAUUAUAUAGGAUAACUGGUGAUAAAAAAUACCAAGAAAAAGGAUGGAAGAUAUGGCAGGCUAUUAAUAAAUGGUGUAAAACACCAGCGGCAUAUUCGGGGCUCACUGAUGUAACAUCUAAAUUUAGUCAAAAGAAUAAUCAAAUGGAAAGUUUCUUCCUAGCAGAAACCUUGAAAUAUUUAUAUCUGCUGUUUAGUCCACCGGAUUUUAUUUCGUUAGAUAAAUAUGUAUUUAACACCGAGGCACAUCCACUCCUGAGGAUGCUCAAGAAUUCCGUAUCUCAUGAACAAAUAUAG